CGGAGGCUCAAUACAUAUCGCAAUCAAUAUCGCAAGACGGAAAUGGACCCCUCCAUCCCGUUAACAAGACGCGUUUCUUCAACCCAGCGUCCGCAUUUCUGCGUUUUCCAUACCUCCCAAUCCUAAUACGCAUAGGCAAAACACCACCAUCGCAAUUUCCGUCGCGAUGGAAGGCCAGGCACCUAACCCCUUGCUAUUGCCUCCGGAUCUCACACCGCUAGAGCAAGAGGUGCUCGAAGAAUACGAGCGGCUAGCGGAGAACAUGAAGAAGCUCGCAACCGUACUGGACGCUAUGGCCGGACAGCCCACGACCGAGAUCCUCGACGGCCUGCGGGAGCUCGAGCGCAAGACAAGCCUGGUAUUCACGCUGCUCAAGGCGAGCGUCUACAGCAUCGUGCUACAGCAGGAGAUCGACUGGGGCGACCAGGCGCGGGGCUGAGCGGGAAAACUAACGACAGCACGAAAUGACCUGCCGUAUACAUAACAUAUCAAGCCGCUUGGUUAUAGUACCAAUGGACUUAUAUCAAGCACCGCGUCUUCGGGUCUAGGGGCCUAUGUUUCUAAGGAUAUAGGAGCUGGCUUCGAGGAGCCUAUAUAUGCUCAAUACUAGCGGGGAAGUGCAUUGGCAUAUGCUAGUCUAUGACAGCUGUUCCUAGCUGUAGUCUAUGGGACAUUCCGCCAGUGAGAUAUGCGGGAAUGGAGACAUGAUACUGGCAAGAUUCAACUGGGAUUCGAGCUAGACGGAAUCAUAUGUAGACGGAAUUAUAUGUAUUGACCCAUCACAAAGAUA